CAUAUGAAUCGCCAGUUUUGCAGCAUGGUCGAGGAGGAGCAAUAGAACUGAUCAAGAAAGCCAAGAAACCAUGCAUAAUUAAUUGCUGCUCUCUUUUUCAGAUCAGAUUUCCGGGGUGUGAUGAUGGCGUUGUACGUGUAACAGAAACAGCUAGCGUUCCUGUAUUAACUGAUCGAUCUCUGAAUUUAGAGAGAACGAGAGUUGCAGAAACUGCAUUGAAAGAAAGAAACAAAGACAUUUAGUGGGGAAGGAUGGCGGUGAAGAAAUGGAUUCAGGGAGGAAGACUUGCUGCCGGCAUGCUCACGAUACAAGCAAUCGCCACAGGGUUGCAGCUUCUGUCAAGACUGAUACUGAACCAAGGCUCUUUCAUUUUCGCUUACAUGUUCUAUCGGCAUGUCGUGGGUGCUAUUUGUGUUGCUCCUUUUGCUCUUUUCUGGGAAAGAGGCAAUGGAAAGAAGCUGAGCUGGUUGAUUUUCUUCUGGCUAUUUGUGGUUGCACUAACCGGGAUAACCAUGGCGAUGGGACUCUUCUAUUAUGGCCUAGGGGAUACCACAGCCACGUACGCAACAAACUUCCUCAACCUCAUUCCCAUAGUCACUUUUCUCCUCUCAACAAUUCUGAGAAUAGAAGAACUGCGGCUGCAUACCAGAGCUGGUAAAAUAAAGACUAUGGCUGCAAUAUUAUGCCUUGGUGGUGCACUGGUUAUUGCUUUUUACAAGGGCAAGGCCUUCCACAUCCCUCACCUUAACGUGGAGAAACAUUCCAUACUGAAAACCACUAAGCCUCGCAAGUGGACUCGGGGAACAAUAUUUCUAGUUUGCAGCUGCUUAUCCUAUAGUUUGUGGUUCAUAUCACAGGUUAAGUUAUUCCAACUAUUCCCCUACAAGUUCUGGUCAACAUUCUAUACUUGCAUCAUAGCAUCAGUGCAACAAGUAGUUAUUGGAUUGUGCAUAGAUAGAUCCAAAGCAGCUUGGCAUUUAGGAUGGAAUUUAGAGUUAGUUACCAUCUUUUACUCGGGAUCGUUGGCCACAUCUGCAUCAUUUUGCUUGAUUUCUUGGGCUAUAUCAAAACGAGGCCCAACUUAUCCCUCUAUGUUCAACCCCUUAUCUCUUGUAUUUGUGGCCAUCGCGGAAGCGUUCUUCCUUGGGGAAGCAAUCACCAUUGGAAGCUUGCUUGGUAUGUUCCUUAUCAUUGUGGGCUUGUACUCUUUCCUUUGGGCAAAGAAUAAGGAGACCAAAGCAAUAUUCAAGACUAUACGUGCUAACGGUGAAGUAGAAAAAAGGUCAGUUGAAUCUGCAGCUACUGUAGUGCCAGCACUAUCUCCUCAGAACGACAUAAAUCAUGGAGACAAAGAGCAACAGACGGACGCAGUUGUUCUAACCAGGGUUGAGGGCCUUGCUGGAUAAAUAAAUAUUAUACCUCAUUGACAUUAAAAAGUACCUUACUUUUGCAAGGGAAUUGUUUUUCCUUCAUCUUGUUUCUUUUGAGAAAAUCUUUUGAGU